AUGAGUCUUGAGACUGUAAAGUCGGAUGUUGACGAUCGUCGGUCUUCCAUUAAGGAUGCGCACUACUGGAGAUGCGAGGCCAUGUUCUGGUUGUCAAAAUCGCGAUACAAGGAGGGAAGGCGCCGGAAAAUUUCGGAUCCAAGUUAUUGGAGAUGCGAGGCUGAUUUUUGGAGAGACAAUUGUACAUGUACUUUGGAGGAAGAUCAAGCCAAUCGCAUGAAUAUACAAGAUCCCGAAUAUUGGAAAUGCGAAAGCAGGUUUUGGAAAUCUACUUGCCGAAAAGUCCACGAGGAUGCCCGUUACGACGACAUCGACGACCCAAAAUAUUGGGAGUGCGAGAAUAUGUUGUAUGAGGAGCUUUUGCUACCCAUCAUCUAUCCUGACUUUCAAAAGCCAAGUUAUCACCAAGUCCUGUUGCGGGCCACUGGCGGGACGUAUUUCUUCGACUUCGGCGACGACUCAUCGAAAACCCCGCCUCGCAGAAGCGCUCGACUUGUGAAAUUGCAUCAAAAAGUUGCAGCGAAGGAUGCUGCACCGCAAUGUGCAACGACUGUCCCAACCGACGAAGGUCGUUUCCUCAGGCCGUUAUCACGGUCAGCUCACAUGGCGCUGGAACUUCCACACAACAGGAACCGUGUCAUAAGUAUCACUCCCGCGCUAGAAACCCAAGAUUUACGGGAAAGACAACGGAGAUCUGUCAAUUCGGAAACCACAGCACCACAGCUAGGCCAGGAAACUCUAGCGCCACAGCUCGUCCUAUCACUUUUGGACGAACACAAACCGAUUGAUCCACUUCAGGGAUUUGUUUUUGGAAAUGACAAAGACCGUUGCGAUGUUCUCCUUGAUGGGCGGUCUGAAGGUGUCAGUGGUGUUCAUUUCCGUAUAAGUCUCAACUGGGAGUCGGGAGCACUACUUAUCACGGAUACAUCCUCAUUUGGCACGAAUUUGACCUCCAGUAUUGACGGACUCCAAAACAUUCAACUUCAGCAAGACAAAAUUCCGAUUUUUUCCGGGAAUACUAUACAAGCAGGAGUAGCCAUGUUUAAGAUAAUAAUACCAGAACGAGGAAAUAAUGGUUUGGUUUUCAACCAGAAUCGGCUGCGCUAUUACAAUAAGUGGAAAAGCCAGACUCCACAAAUCGAGACACUUUUGAUUAGCCAGAAAACCCUGACAUAUUUGGACCUUGGCAAGAUUUCUACAUUUGAGGUUUUCGGAAGUGGAACAUGUGGAACGGUCCACAAGGCGGUUGAUGCCAUCGGAAACAUCUACGCGGUGAAGAUGCCCAAGACGUUGAGUGAUCCGGCCGAGAACAGUAAGGAGCACAUUGUGUCCGUAAUCAAGGACAUGGAUAUUCCGGGCCGUCGAGGUUCUCUCCUAGUGAUGGAGUAUAUUAGCAAUGGAACUCUUGAACAACUUGAAAACCUCACUCCUCAAGAUGUCGCGUUGUUGGCCUCUCAGGUUCUUGAUGCCGUGCUAUACCUUCACACUAAUGGCUAUGCUCAUCGUGAUAUCAAACCCGCAAAUAUCCUCGUCAAAUCCAUGGAGCCUUUUUCUUUCGUACUCUCUGAUUUUGAGCUUACGUCGCGGGAUCCUUUACAGACAUUUUUGCGGUUCCAAUAUCACCUCCAAUGCCGUGGGACAACGAUCAGUGGUUUUAAGUCACUUUCUGCGUUCACUCCAAAAAUUGAGCCGUGCUGGAAAACCUUACGAGACUUCGCAAAUACUCUGCUAGAACCAGACCCAGACAAACGUCCGAUAACUCAAGUCUACUUGACCGAGAUCAACAAGAUCCGUAGAGGCGAAGCGACUAAUGUUUCAUUUCGCGAUAGAAAGCGUAAUAUGCCUUCUACUCCAGCCCCGUACGAUCCCAAAGUUAUCACUGCAGACGACCUCAAGAGCUGGGUCCAAUACGAUCAAAGCAAAGACCCUCCCAGGGCGAUAAAUUUGACCAGAAUAUGUUGGGCCCUUUGCCUAUCAAGAGACGCCAUGAGGUCCUACUUGAAGAAUGAAGGGCACACAUCCUACGUUAUGCCUACAACUCCGAGGAAGAAACUUCUUAGAGGCACCUACGUUAACAUAUCCUGUGCUCUAGCGUUUAUAAGAAGCUCUCGUCCGGACCUUAAGAAUCUCAUUACUAACCUCCAACAACUCGACUCUUCAAGCGAAAUGCCAGAAACACCAGAGCCGCCGAUAUCAAUUGCCUCAGAUAAUACUUUUACCCCUCUGUCUCGCCCGCGAACCCUGGGCGAAUCUGCCCACCAACGUUCGGGUCGCUCUAGCACACGGGCGCUGAGAGAAUCGGUCCGCCAAGGCCGGGAGCGCUCAAGCCCGCAAGCGCUGGACGACGCGGCCAUCCGAUUCAUAGAUCCCAGCCUGAUCCACCGGGGUGCUGCUAAUGUAGAGCAAAAUGAUUUAAGUAACCUCCCUGAGUUUGUAAUAAAUUCGACCUUCGACGAUCAACUGUUUUUCGAUUCCUAUAUUGCCUCCCCGCAGGAGUAG